AUGUCUCAUUUCUCUCAAAAUGCAUCUGACUCAGACAAUGAAUGGGACACGGAGCCUAUCGCACUCAAGGUGCUGCAAAUCCAGGUUCAGAAGCUCGCUGAGGAAAAUCGCACUCUUCAUGAGGAGAACAAGGUUCUCAUUGCCGAGAAGCCUAAAUGCAAACGUCACACAGAGGCUCCUGAUGAACUCCUGGCCCAUGAGCAAACCAUCACACUUUAUGCCCGUAAAUAUGGCAUGACUGUUGAAAUGUUCCCUAAUGCUGACCUUUUCAGCAAACAAUGUCCUGAGAAUCCAACUCCAUUCAACAGCCGAGACCAGUAUUUGACAGCAAUGACCCAGGAAUCAGCGUUUUUAGACGAACUAUUUCAGCACUUUCCUGAUCGUUUACAUGGUGUUAUGGAAAGUAAUGAAGUCCAUUUCCAAGGCUCGCUCAUUGGAAAUCAACAAACUGUGUAG